AUGCCCGGGGGACCAGCAGCCGGGCGACCUCUUCCCGGCCCCCGGGGCUCCUCGCUGGACCGCUCGCUGCCAGGGGACGCCGACGGGGGCCCCGAUGCCUGCGAGGGCUCCUCCGCCGGUGGGCCGCACCCCAUCGCCACGCCCCCGGCCCACCGCCUCAUCAGGAUGGCGGCGCCGGGCAGCUCCGCGAUGGAGGCCCGACGCCGGAUGCGGGACCCCUGCCUCCUGGCCGGCUGGCGGGCCCUCGGCCCGGGGGGCGCCGGUCUCCGGGCCAGCUGGCCACAGGCCCCGAGCACGCGGCACCCGGCCCGCGGGCCCUUCCGCCCGGCCCUCCGCGCGCCUGGCACCCGGCGCCACACGGCCGGCGCGCACGGGCCUGCCGGUGGCCCCGGCCGCGGUCGCGUGGACACGGGCUCCUCGCGCGGGCCCCCGUAG